AUGUCAUUAACAACUAAAGUGUAUGUUUGUAAAUUUAUUCGAGGGUUUUUAUCAAGUAUUAAGAGUCAUUGGGGUUUAUUGGUAGCUGGUGAUUUAUACCAUAUUAAUGUUGAUGAUAAUGAUAAAGUUAUUUACAAGAGUAAAGAAUUUAAAUUUAAAACUGUUAAAUUCCAAUAUUCCUUUAUAUACAUUGGUGAUACAAGUUGGACUAAAGAUAUCAUAGAUUCUACUGCAACAGAUAUUGCAAACAAAUUUGUGUAUAAUAUUAAAACAUCAAAUUGCCAAGAUUAUAUCUACGAAUUAAGUCUUUCAAUAGUAACUAAAUUAAAGUUUCCAUUAAAAGCAUCCGAUUUAUUUGAUGGUUAUAUUAAUUGCACAAAAAAUAUCGGUUCAAAAUCAUCAAUUUUUUCAACCCUUUCAAUUUCAAUUUCAAUUUCAAUUUCAAUUUCAAUUUCAAUUUCAAUUUAA